AUGUUUGCUACAGUCGAUCCACUUACUGGAGGUUUGAUUUGGGAAGUACAAGGAUAGAAGGAGAAGGAAUAAAAGGAGAAGACUAAGGUGAAAUAUGUUGAAAUCAAGGAUGUGAAUGUUUAAUUCAAUCCUAGACCCAGUAGAUUAUCAUUGGAGGAGAAAAUCAAAUUAUUAGAGCCCAUUGGAGAAGAAUUGAUCCACAAGGAUGAAUUAAUAAAUCUAUUGAAGAAUAAAACAUUUCCAAUCUGCUAUGAUGGAUUUGAACCAAGUGGAAGAAUGCACAUUGCACAAGGAUUACUUAGAGCACUAAAUGUGAAUAGAUUGGUUGAUGCAGGAUGCAUAUUCAUCUUUUGGGUUGCUGAUUGGUUCGCCUUGCUUAAUAACAAGAUGGGAGGAGAUCUGAAUAAAAUAAAGAAUGUUGGUCGCUACUUCAUUGAAGUUUGGAAGGCUGCAGGAAUGAAAAUGCAUAACGUGAAAUUCCUUUGGGCUUCAGAUGAAAUCAACAAGAGACCAAAUGAUUAUUGGUUAAGAGUAUUGGAUUUAGCUCGUAAAUUUAAUGUUUCAAGAAUUAAGAGAUGCGGAUAGAUUAUGGGUAGAAAUGACGACGAGUAAGAUGACAAGAUGGCAGUUGCUUAAUUAUUUUAUCCAUGUAUGCAAUGCAAUGACAUCUUCUUCUUGGAGGCUGACAUUUGUCAAUUGGGUAUGGAUUAAAGAAAAGUCAAUAUGUUGGCAAGAGAAUAUGCUGAUAAAUCAACAGAUGCUUAUAAACCAAUUAUUAUGUCUCAUCAUAUGAUGAUGGGUUUGCUUGAAGGUCAAGCCAAGAUGUCUAAAUCUGACUUAAAUUCAGCCAUCUUUAUGGAAGAUUCAGCAGAAGACGUUAAGAGAAAAAUAAAGUGUGCUUAUUGUCCACCUUAAAUUACUAAGGAUAAUCCUGUGUUGGAUUACACCAAGGAAAUCAUUUUUGGAUGGAGAAAUAAACUCUAAAUUUUAAGAAAGCCUGAAAAUGGUGGAGACAAGGAAUACACAACCUAUGCUGAAUUGGAGGCUGAUUUUGUCUCAGGAGCACUUCACCCAGGGGAUUUGAAACCAGCAGUCACCCAAGUUCUCAAUGAGUUAAUCCAGCCUGUUAGAGACCAUUUCGCCAAGGACCCUGAAGCAAGAGCUUUGUUAUAAGAGAUUAGAUCAUAUCAAGUGACAAAAUGA